AGGGGUGGGAGUAAAGGGGGCUGCCGCAGCUGUGUUGGGCCAUAAAUCAGGCUGACCCCUUGGCUCAGGGCAGGAUGCCUGCAACUUUGGCUUCUGUACCACCAGGUCCGAGCACAAGUGACAACUACACGGAUCUGCUAGCGCCUGGAAUUCCCUCCUUGACCAAGGCCUGGGGACUAUGGGCCCUCUUAGGGGCUGUGACGCUGUUGCUUCUCAUCUCACUGGCUGUGCACUUAUUCCAAUGGACUAGUGGCUGGAGCAGGAACCAUCCGGGACAGGGACGGCCUGAAGAGUCUGCGGAAGAGGUCCCUCUGUACGGGAACCUGCAUUAUCUACAGACAGGACGACUGUCUCAAGAACCGGGGCCAGACCAACAGAAUCCAACACCUGGAGGCCCUGCCAGGGCUGCAGAGGAGGUGAUGCGCUAUACCAGCCUGCAGCUGUGGCCUCCUCAGGGCCGGAUCCCCAGCCCUGGAAGCCCCAUCAAGUACUCGGAGGUGGUGCUGGACCCUGAGCCAAAGCCCCAGGCCUCGAGCCCCGAGCCGGAGCUCUACGCCUCAGUGUGUGCCCAGACCCGCAGAGCCCGGGCUUCCUUUCCAGACCAGGCCUACGCCAACAGCCAGCCUGCACCCAGCUGA